AUUUUAAUCCUGUUCCGGCCCUUCACACACACACACACAAAACCCACCGCCGCGCACACACAUUCACACACAUCUGUGUGUACUCUUCGCCUGACAGGGAUCGGCGAUUCUUGGUGAUUUAUAUAAAUCCAGUACUAAUUAAUUCGAAACAAAUGGAACAAGAACAAGGAAUAGCAUCCGCAAAAAAAGUGUGGGAAUCCGUGAAGUACUACACGGUUAAAUGCGCCGAAUGCUCGAAAUGGAGGCUCAUUCCAUCUAAGGAAAAAUACGAAGAAAUACGAGAAAAAAUCGAAGAACAUCUCUUCGUAUGCGAAACAGCUCGCGAGUGGCGGCCUGACGUAUCUUGCAAAGACGAAUCCGACAUUAAGCAAGACGGUACCAUGCGUUGGGCGAUGGACAAACCUAGGAUUCCCCAAACUCCUUCCGGAUGGCAACGGAUUUUAAGGAUCCGAGCCGAAGGCGGAACCACGUUCUUUGACGUGUAUUACGUCGCACCGUCUAACAAGAGAAUGCGUUCGAUGGUUGAACUUAGUAGGUAUAUAGACGAGCACCCGGAAUAUGCACAAGGUGUCAAUAUCUCGCAAUUUUCUUUUCAACCGCCGGUGCCGUUGGACGAGAAAUACAGUGCAAAGCGCCGAGCUUGUUCUACUAGAGAUGACACUAAUGGCACAUAUCAUGCGAGUACAAACGUUGACGCACCUUCUCAAAAUUGAGGUAUUCGAUAAUUGUUUGCUGUGAUAAGAUAAAUAUUCGACGUUCGUUUUCUUCCGUUUUGCUCGAAGAAUAAUUAAGCUUAAAUUGAUGAUCUAGUUUAAAAAAUGAACUACUUAUGACUCAUAUUAUCCGCUUGCACUGCACUUGUACUGCACAAUUUGAUCUCGUGCCGGGAUGUUAAAGUGCACGAUCUUCAUAAUGAUCUCUAAUUUGGAAUUAAUUUAACGAUUUCGAUAUUUUAUUGCAUUUCGUAAUUUUGUUAUAUAUUAUUACAUGGUUCGACUUCGGAAAUGGAUAAACAUCGAGUGUACAAAGUACAAACCACAUUGCUGGAAGUGCAACCUUGUCGAGAUAUGAAGUUUAUGAACUUGUGGAAUUAGGGGUGGAAAUCGGACGGAAUUGAUCGGAAAUGUCUUUUUCGGAAAUUUUCAAAAAAAAAUCGGAAGUUAAAAAUAGGUUUCAAUUUCUGUUCCAAAAAAAUCGGAAUUUCAAAAUCCAUUCCAAUUUCGGAAUACCUCGGAAUCGGCG